AUGGACCUUCCUGGCUAUAAUUUAGGUGGAUCCAUAUCACCAUACGUUGGCAGCCUUAGCUUUCUUAGGGUGGUCUCCCUCUCAGACAACUUCUUACACGGCGAAAUUUCACAACAAGUCACUCAUUUGUUCCGCCUGCAACAUCUCAAUCUUAGCAGCAACUUGUUAACAGGGGAAAUUCUAAGCAACUUCACCAACUGUCCUCAACUCAGAGUCCUGGAUUUCCAAAGGAAUAAUCUUACUGGGAAUAUUUCUGUUGAACUCGGCUCUUUAAAGAGGCUUGUGUGGCUUGACGUUGCCUCAAAUCAUUUGACGGGAGGCAUCCCACCUUCUCUGGGAAAUGUUUCUUCACUCCAAGUACUUCACUUUUCGUUUAAUUAUUUUGUGGGAAAUAUUCCAGAUGAAAUAGGCCAUUUGCAAAGCAUGGAAUACAACGGCAAUGAUUUCAAAGCUCUAGUUUACGAAUUCAUGGAAAAUGGAAACUUAGACAGGUGGCUGCACCAAGAUAUCGACAAUGAAAAUCGACCAAGACAUUUGAGCCUCCUUCAAAGACUAAAUAUUGUGAUUGAUGUAGCUUCUGCACUACAUUAUCUUCAUGAUCACUGUGAAGCACCAAUCAUUCAUUGUGAUCUAAAGCCAAGCAAUGUUCUUCUUGACGAUGACAUGAUUGCUAAAGUAAGUGAUUUUGGUUUGGCAAAGAUCCAUUUUACACCGAAUGAUGUUUCUCAUAGUCAAACUAGCACAGUUGGAAUGAAAGGUACUAUUGGCUAUGCUGCGCCUGGUACAUAA